UUUAGUGGCAGUCUUAUAAUAACGAUUCAAAAUAGUGGCAAAUUUGCAAUUGCCCGUUCUUUUAUACGCAGAGACUCCGAGAGUCAGUGCAAGCAAGCAGGAGCUCGUCACUGUCAAUUGACAAAAUUCAGUAGCAAAUCCUACUCUGUCUGCAUCAAUGGCUGGCCCAACCAUCGUCCUCCUCCCGGCCUGGGGAUCCGGCCACUUCAUGUCCGCGCUGGAAGCCGGCAAGCGGCUGCUCGUCGCCGGCGGGGGCGCCGUCUCCCUCACCGUGCUCGUCAUGCAGGCGCCGACGGAGAUAGAGGCGUCGGUGGUCGAGGCCCACGUGCGCCGGGAGGCGGCUUCCGGGCUCGACGUCACCUUCCGGCGGCUCCCCGCCGUCGAGCACCCCACCGGCUGCGAGGCGACCGAGGAGUUCAUGUCCCGGUACGUCGAGCGCCACGCGCACCACGUCAAGGCGGCCAUCGCCGGCUUGGCGUCCCCCGUGGCCGCGGUCGUCGUGGACCUCUUCUUCACGCCCCUGCUCGACGCGGCGCACGAGCUCUCGCUCCCGGCGUACGUGUACUUCGCCUCCACCGCCGCGUUCCUCGCGCUCAUGCUGCGGCUGCCGGAGCUCCGGGACGACCUGACCGUCGGGUUCGACGGCAUGGAGGGAACCGUGGACGUGCCCGGGCUGCCGCCGGUGCCGCCGUCGUACAUGCCGGUGUGCCUCGUGAGCAAGACGGUGAAGAACUACGACUGGUUCGAGUACCACGGCCGCCGCUUCACGGAGGCGAAGGGCAUCAUCGUGAACUCCUCCGUUGAGCUCGAGGGCGCGGUCCUCGCCGCGAUCGCGGACGGCCGCCGCCCCGCUCCGGCGAUCCACGCGAUCGGGCCGGUGAUCUGGUUCGACGCCACGCUGCCGCCCGAGCAGCCGCACGAGUGCGUGCGGUGGCUCGACGCGCAGCCGGCGGCGUCGGUGGUGUUCCUCUGCUUCGGGAGCAUCGGCUUCCUCGACGCGGCGCAGGUGAGGGAGCUCGCCGCGGGCCUGGAGCGCAGCGGCCACCGCUUCCUGUGGGUCCUGCGCGGCGCGCCCGCCGGCGGCGUGCGGUACCCGACGGACGCGGACCCGGGCGAGCUGCUCCCGGAGGGGUUCCUGGAGGCGACCGCCGGGAGAGGGAUGGUGUGGCCGAGGUGGGCGCCGCAGAAGGACAUCCUGGGACACGCCGCCGUGGGCGGGUUCGUGACGCACUGCGGCUGGAACUCGGUGCUGGAGAGCCUGUGGUUCGGCGUGCCGAUGGCGACAUGGCCGCUCUACGGCGAGCAGCACCUCAACGCGUUCGAGGCCGUGGCCUCCAUGGGCGUCGCGGUCGAGCUGAGGAGGACGACGGCGAAGGACGGCGACGCGGCGAGAUCGCUCGUGGAGGCGGCGGAGGUGGAGCGCGCGGUGAGGAGGCUGAUGGCGCCGCAGGGCGGCGGGUCGUCGGAGGCGAGGGAGAAGGCCGCGGAGGUGAGCGCGGCGUGCAGGAAGGCCGUGGAGGAGGGCGGGUCGUCGCACGCGGCGCUGCAACGGCUCGUGCGUGAGAUCGUUCGUGUCGUGGCAGGCCACACUAGGCCGGAAUAGCUGGCUGGUUGCGGUUGGUUGGCCCAUCUCACACGGUACUCGGCCCAGUCUAGACGAGAAAAUUAUACUAGAAACCAAGACGUCAACCACGUGAUGCGGCUUAAGGGUGUGUUUGAUUCGUGGUAGGGUAUAGCCAUCCCUACCCCUAUGAGCAAAUCCUGGAGAGAUUGAAGUCACCACAGACGUUUCGCUGUC